UUUCUUUCUCCCUUCCAUAGAAAAAGUAUUUCACCUUCGCUCUCGCUCUCUCUCUCUCUCGCUAGGUAUUGGCGUGCAAGAACCAGAGAACAAGAGAACUAGACCUAAAAUAUGUCCGAGAUGUAUGGUCCCGGUGGUGACGAAUCUGGGUUCCCGUCCAGAGGCGGAGGCAGUGGCGGUGGCUAUGGGGCCGGUGGUGCUGGUGGUUAUGGGGGAAGCAGCGGAGGCGGCUAUGGGCGUAGUAGUGGUGGAGGAUAUGGCGGCGGUGGCCGUGGCGGUACGGGAGGUUAUGGCGGCGGUGGUGGAGGGGGCUACGGUGACGGUGGAUCUAGGGGUGGAGGAGGAUAUGGUGGUAAUUCUCAGAAUCGAGGUGGUGGUGGUGGAUACCAAGGAGGAGAUCGCGGUGGCCGAGGUGGCGGCGGAGGCGGUGGUGGCGGCGGUAAUAGAGGCGGGGGUCGUGGCGGCAGCGGGAGAGAAGGGGAUUGGAAUUGCCCUAAUCCAAGCUGUGGGAAUCUGAACUUUGCAAGAAGGGUUGAAUGCAAUAAAUGCGGUGCCCCUAGUCCCGGGGGAGCAGGUGAUCAAGGCAGUGGAGGUGGGGGUUUCAACAGAGGAGGUGGUGGUGGUGGGGGAUAUGGUGGGAACCGAGGUGGUAGAAGCGGUAAUUACAGCGGUGGAAGUGGCGGUGGUGGAGGUGGAAGGGGUAGUAGCGGCAGAGGUGGUUCCUAUGGUGGUAAUCAAGGACGGGAAGAUGGUGGUUACGGCCAGAUCCCACCACCUGGACCUCCAUCUUAUGGAGGGACUGGGGGCAAUUAUCCUCCACCUCCAAACCCGUAUGGUGGAAACAGUAAUUACGGAACGGAAGCAGUUCCUCCUCCUGCCAGCUACACGGGUGGUCCGAAUUCAUAUCCUCCAUCCUAUGGUGCCCCGCCUCCCAGUAGUUAUGGUGGAGAAGGCCCAGGGGAUGCACGAGGGAGUGGUCGAGGAGGACCACAAGGUGGGUAUGAUGGUGGUUAUGGUGGUGGUCCUCGACACACCGGAGGUGGUUAUGGUGGUGCUCAAGCCGAGCCUCAGGUGAAGGUGAAGCAAUGUGAUGAGAAUUGUGACGAAUCUUGUGACAACUCAAGAAUUUACAUUUCGAAUUUGCCUCCAGACGUUACUUCAGAAGAAUUGAGAGAGCUUUUCGGAGGAAUUGGUCAGGUUGGAAGAAUCAAACAGAAGCGAGGUUACAAGGACCAAUGGCCCUAUAAUAUAAAGAUAUACCAAGAUGAUGAUGGAAACAACAAAGGAGAUGCGUGUUUGUCUUAUGAAGAUCCCUCUGCUGCACAUUCUGCUGGGGGUUUCUACAACAACUUUGAUUUGCGGGGUUAUAAAAUCGGUGUUGCUAUGGCUGAAAAGUCUGCACCUAGGCCCGCUCCAGCAUAUGGUCACGGGGGUGGUAGAGGUGGCUAUGGUGGUGGUGGUGGAGGUGGUGACAGACGCAGGGACAAUUACAGAGAUGGUGGAGGCUCCGGCCCUGAUAGAAACUAUCGUGGUGGGCACCGUUCACGCCCAUACUGAUAAAACUGGGGCGCUGACUGUUUUAUUGUAUUAAGAAGUGAUAUCUGGGGGAAUUCUAAUCUAUUCCUGUUCGUGGGUUAUUUUCAAAGAGGAAACAUGAGAGGUAGGUUGUUCGCUUCUCUUAAGCAAAACACCUUCCUUUCUCUUCCCAUAUCAAUUUCUAAAAGUUGGAGGGGUUUUUGUUUCUUAAGCUUGAAAUUAAUUUGAACCAUGUGAAUGUUUUUUUAGAGGCCAGUGGAUAAUCUCCAAAUUGCUGCUUAAGGUAGGUUGAAAUUUUCAGGUGAGUGCAGCUCUUCAAAUUUUUUGUCUGGGCAAUUACCAAAGAUAAUUUAGUUGCAUGCAUUUGGGGGGUCUCUUUGCAUUUAAUGUUUUGGCACAGAAGCUUGUGAUUGCAUGUGUUUAUGCAUGCAUUUCCUUACAGGCUGUGGAAUAAAGCAUUGUACUUGUUUAACUUGUGCAUAUGCUUUCAGCCCAUUAACCAUGCAGCUCCCGAGUCAUUUUGCUUGAGACUCCCUCAAGUGAUUUACUUGUGCCCUGAAUGCCCACAUUUUGCUGCGUCCCUGCAACGCAGCCCCACGGUUUAGGAAUCUUGAUGAUUGAUGCCUCUUUUUUCCCUGUUUUAAGAUGCGCUUUGUUACAGUGGAAAGACAAUAAUGUCUCUUAUAUGUUCACGUCUUUAGUUAAAUGCAACGGUAGGAUCUCUCAUGUGGACCACUAUGAUGCUAAAUGCGCUCCAGCAGCAACCUCAAAAGCAAUUUGUGUGGGUCUAUUUCCGUUAACUUGUUCGUGUGGGACUUUCUAAAUCACCAAAAGCCUAGGACGCAAGAGUUGGGGGGGUGAUAUGGUUCUAAGGGAAAGAUGGUUAAGGGUGUUGUGUGUACCUUUUUUGUAUGGUAUGGCGAAGCAAUGCUCUUUUAUGUGCUCUUUUAGCCAUGGCAAUCCUUCGAAGUCGGCUGUUCAAUGCUUGAUAUAUCAUAGCCCUGUAAUUUGUAAUCUAAGCUGAAGCUUAUGCUGCCAUUCUUGGAGCUUCAGCGGCAGCCAUUCUAGCCCUUGCUCGGUGGAUUUGACAGGACCCAUUUACAGAACCCUAGCUGCUUCAGUUUGAUGAACUAUAUGGUAUAGUUACAUUUUUCCGCUCCUGUAUGUUUAUGCUUCCAGUUCAGAGUCGGGUAAUAUUGGCUCAAGUCUAGGCUUUCUAAGGGUGAAAAUUGUGAUGUGAAAAUGUAUUUAGGGAGGACGGUUCUGUAUGAGAAUUGAUUCGCCUCAUGGUGCAAGAUAUAAUUAUUAUAUUUCCUUCUAAA